UAAGCUUGUUAAGCUCCAUUCGUAUUCAUAUUUCAUACUCCGUACUAAUCUUUAAUUAUAGUGAGUGUAUACACGGAUACCCAAAUUAAGAAGAUGGAAGAAGCAUUGGAGCUAGUCUUCAUUCCGAUGAAUACUAUGGGUCACAUAGUAUCAGCUGUCGAAAUGGCAAAGCGCGUUAUGAACAAGCAAAACGGCUGCGGCGAGAAGGAGCAGGUUAAUGUUAUCAUCACCAUUCUCAUAUUGAAGCAACAGUCGUCUCUCGAUGCUCAAACCAGCAAUUACAUUCAAUCUCAAACAACGGCGGCCGCUGAUGAUGAUUACUCCCACCACCGGAGAUUGAAGUUUGAAACCCUCACACCGCCGUCCCAGGCUGCAGAAAAGGUGCCCAUCGACUCCUUCAUACCUCAAGUCAGAGACUGGGUUUCCGGGACCCGUUCCUCGGGUCCCCUCAGAAAACUCGUCUUUGUCGUUGACCUUUUGUGUACGGUCAUGAUCGAUGUGGCGAAUGAAUUAGGGAUACCCGCCUAUGUGUUCUUCCCCUCAGGUGCGGCGGCGCUGGGGCUUGUUUUCUUCCUCCAGAACAUCAAAGAUCGCAAUCUCAAUCACCCCUUCUUAAAUAUCCCUACUUAUGCAAACCCGUUUCCUGCACAGUGUCUGCCGCCUUCUGUUCUGAAUAAGAAUUCCUUGGAGGCUUUCCUCGGCAUCUCCGAACGGGUCAGAGGGGCGAAAGGGGUCCUGGUCAACACGUUUCCUGAGCUCGAAUCACACGCGCUCAAGACCCUCAAUGACGAAUCAAGCUGUGCACCCAUCUACCCCAUCGGCCCGAUCCUAAAUCUGCAGCCACCGGAAGGCCCGGAAGCAGAGGAGGAGGAGGAAUCUCGCCGCCAGAUCAUGAAAUGGCUCGAGAGGCAGGAAGACGGCUCGGUUGUGUUCCUCUGCUUCGGAAGCAUGGCUCGUUUCACCGCUGGUGAUGAGGACCAGGUGAAGGAGAUCGCCGCCGGUUUAGAGCGUAGCGGGCAGAGGUUCCUGUGGGCAUUCCGGUCAGCGGGCGAUGAUGACCGGCGGGGAUCUCUGCUUCUUCCCGGAGGAUUCUUGGAGAGGACGGUAGGGGCGGGGGUGGGGAUGGUCGUCAAUGGGUGGGCUCCCCAGACCGCCAUACUGGCCCACCGAGCCGUGGGAGGCUUCGUUUCGCACUGCGGGUGGAACUCGGCUCUGGAGAGCCUCUGGUUCGGAAAGCCGGUGGCGACUUGGCCGAUGCAGGCGGCGGAACAAGAAGCCAAUGCCUUCCAAUUAGUGAAGGAGAUAGGCGUGGGAGUAGAGAUUAAGCUGAGUUCCAACAAGGUUUCAGAUGUUGUGGGGGCAGAGGAGAUUGGAAUGGGGAUCAAGGAGCUUAUGGAUCCUCUCAAUCCGGUACAGUUCAAGGCCAAGGAAUUGGGUGAAAAGAGCAGACAAGCACUUGCCGAGGGUGGCUCAUCCUCCACAUCCCUAGCCCGGUUUGUUGAAGAUGCCAUCACUGCCAAUUAAAGGAAUAAAGGGCUAGAUUUGCCACACUUUGGAUCGUGUUUGUGUGUACUAAAUAACAGUAAUUAUAACGGAGUAUCAUGUUUUGAUUAUAUCAAAAUUUAUGCGUGAUAAUAUUUUUUCAAAUUUGACAGGCUUGUUUUGGAAUUGUGUACUUCUAUUUUGGUAAUUUUCCUAGAUUAAUACUCCAGUUCAUC